AUGAAAUUUUCAAUUUUCAUUUGGGUUGUAUUGGCUUUUGCAUUAACCAUUAAUGGCUCACUAGUUAAUCUUAAAAGAAGACGAUUCGGUCAGGAGCAUUCUUCUAAAGCUGAAGGUUUUUAUAAUUGCGUGAAUGAACAAGCCCAAGGUACUGGACUUGAAGCCGAUGCUGGAGCUUUAGUGAAUAUAACUGUUUUUGCUCUUUUAGCCAAAGCUGGUCCAUGUGAUCAGCAAGAUGCUGCUGACAAAUGUAUUGACCUUGCUGAUAGAAUUGAAGUAGCAUUACAAAAUAAAACUAGAAGAGAUGUUCUUACAGAGUGUUGCAAAAAAUAUCGACAACUUGAACGUAACACUAAUGGUGUUGGUGUACAAUCACCAAAUUGUACUAGACCACCAAGACACAAAGAACUUGAAGGAUUAGUACAAGCUCAAGAUCCAACUGGAUUAAAAACAACUGCUGGAUUUCCAAAAGAACCCGAAACUAAAACGCCUAUUCCAACAACAACGAAAAAAUCGAAAAGGACUAAAUGUACUAGCCAAACAACAGAAAAGCCGAAAAGGACUAAAUGGACAAGCCAAACAGCUGUCAUUCCGACAACAACACAAAAGCCGAAAAAGCACAAGUGGACUAGCAAAACUUCAGUCACCCCAACAACGACAGCUAAUAACGACAACUAA